AUAGCAUACAGUAUGUUUUCUACUUGAACAAAAUACCAGAAUUCUUCUGAAAUGAUUUAGAAUUAGACUCUGGAGAAUUAUUCUGAAUUCUGGACAUGGUUAAAGAUGUGUGAUGGAGAGUUCUUCCGUGGAAAGUGACUUACAAAACUUUCAUAAAGAAAGGAAGCUUUAUGCAGUUGAUUCUUUGAACAACUUAAAUGAACAAAAUCUUUGUGCAGAUCGAUAUCGGCACGCCGUCUGGGAAGAGAACUUACACAGUCGGAGGUGUUUGACAAUUCAAAACAGCAUGAGAUGCCAAAGCUGGUUCUUUGUCACAUUGAUCAUUACUUUAAUUGUCAGCUUGGCACUAGUUUCUUUUGUAAUAAUCUUAAUAGUUCACACUGGAGACAAGAUGGAUGAAGUGUCAAGAAAAAUCGUGCUAGAAAAGAAGAGCAUUGAUGACCUUAAGGAAUUAAACGACAUGAUUUUGCAAUACCUUAAUCAGACAGAAUGGAUGGGGAGUAUAGGAAACUUCAGCACAAAGCAAGCGAGGGAACCAGCUCCAGGCUAUUGACUAAGGGAAUACUGAGCAGCUGGAAGGAUCAGGAGAGUGUGUCAUUUUUGCAAUAAAAUCCACUCUCAUUAUACUUACCUAAUUCCUGACAUCUGUGCAACAAAGCUUUUUAUCAAUCAUUCUGUAGGCUCCAUAACUCUUAAUAGUGAACUUUAAAAAGCCUGCUAAGCAUUUAUUUCUAGAACUAUGGUGCAUAGGUUCCUGCUCAUUCCUUUGGUUAUUUAUAUGGAUGAACUUACUUAAAAUACGUCUGAUUUUGAGGUGAUGCAUCUAGAUCCCACACCUACAGACACUUGCAGAUGGCGCAACAUCCUGUAUUGUGGUUCCCAUUUCUUGUUCAGUAUAAACAUAGAAAUUAGCAUCUGCUUUCUCUAAAGUUGCAUAUGUUUAUA